AUGGACCAAAAAGAGCUUAGCGUCAGCGAAGAUCAACAUGAAUAUUCAUAUGGUGAAUUACGACAAUUAUUAGGCACAAUUGAAACGAGUAGUAAAACAGGUGGAUCAGCUUUUAGUAAAACAAUUCAUGCAUAUGGGAUAGUUGGUUUCAUCAAAUUUCUCGAAGGAUAUUAUAUGAUACUGAUAACAAAAAGGACACAAGUUGCCGCUAUUGGAUAUCAUAAUAUUUAUAAAAUCGAAGAAACCGUUAUGCUUAGUAUCACAAAUGAAGAUAUACGUAAAAUUAAUUCCGAUGAAAACAAUUAUACUUAUGAUUUAACGCAUACAUUACAGUAUAAUCUUAUACAACAAGACUGGACGAGGAAUCGUUCCACUGGGGAACAAUGUUCUACUGAUGUUGAUUCUUAUUAUGGAACAAGAAGAUCGAAAUGCUAUGCUGGUACACGAUUUUUAAAACGCGGUGGUAACUGUAAAGGCUAUGUAGCAAAUGAAGUAGAAACAGAACAAAUUGUACAUGAUGCAUCGGUAUCAUCGUUUGAAAAGAGUCAUUUUACAAGUUAUGUACAAUUGAGAGGUUCUGUGCCAGGAUUCUGGUCUCAAGAUCCCAAGCAAGUACCGAAACCUCCGAUUAUUAUUGAUCAAAAUGAUCCAACGUAUGUUGUUGCAGCACAACAUUUUCGUCAAUUGUUUUACCGUUAUGGUUCUCCUAUAAUUGCAUUGAAUCUUGUUAAAAAGCGUGAGAAAAAAAAACAAGAACAAAUAUUAUCCGAUGAAUAUUCAUCAGCUAUUGAAUAUCUUAAACAAUUUGUACCUGAUGAAAAUUGUAUUCAAUAUUUAGCAUUUGACAUGGCACGUGUUAACAGAAGGCAAACUGGAAUAGUUCGUGUCAACUGCGUCGAUUGUUUAGAUCGUACAAAUACUGCCAUGUUUGCAGUGGCAAAGUAUGUUCUUGGUCAACAACUUUUUGCACUGGGAGUUACCGAAACGCCACAUUUACAAGAAAAUUCUGUUGUGGAACUUGUGCUAAAACAAAUGUACGAAGAUUCGGGUGAUUUAUUGGCUCAACAAUAUGGUGGUAGUCAGUUGGUACAUCGAAUCGAUUCGUACAAAAAAAUUGCACCAGCAUGGAGUACACAAUCACGAGAUAUCGUACAAACUUUAUCUCGUUAUUACAGUAACGCUUUUUCUGACGCUGAAAAGCAAAAUGCCAUUAACUUAUUCUUAGGUAUAUAUCAACCACAGCGUACACAUUUCUGGGAAUUAACAAGCGACUAUCAUUUGCAUGAUCCACGUUUAGUUGCCGGUUACAUUCCACCACACUAUACAAACAUUUUGGGUGAUGAUAUAUGGUUUUCUUUGCCUUACGCAGCAGAACAGGUUUUAAAAUCAAAAAAUAAUUGUUUAGAAAUAAUGCAAUUAUCUAAAGAUGAUUUAUUAAUUGACGGUUUCACGCAACAUUAUCAACUAAAUGAAAUGACCGUAUUUGAUGAAUUAUUCGAUUGGCACAUGGAUUCUACUACAAAAGAUGUUUACAAUCUAGGUAUACAACCGCGAGGUCCACGUGAAUUUACACCAUUUUCUGUGAGAGAAAAUAAACAGCGAAAGACAGUGGCAGGAUUAAGUGUUUCAUCAGACAUUCAACAACGUGGUUUAUUUCAACAACAGCAAACUCCACCGUCUAUUACAUCACCACAAGCUCAACAACAACAAAAGGAAACAAGUGAACACACCAGUUAUAGUUCAGAUGGAUCUAUAUUUGAUGAUACUGAUACAGAUGAUGAAAAAAAACAACAAAUGCAACAAUCAUCUCAAUCACAACUUACAAAAAAAGUUAAAUCAAAAUUAAAAUCAAAAUUUUAUGAUGAUAUUACAAAUAAUAAUCAAAUAAAAAAAGUAUUAAAUAAUAUUUUUCCAAGUACAUAUGAUGUCUACGGGUUACAAAUUGAUGAACCAUCACAAGAAUCAUUACGUAUUUAUGAACAAUUUUCUAAAAUGGGUUCUAAUGAAACACUUUUGUCACCAUCAUUUAUUCAACGAUCAACAUCAGCUUAUUCAACACAUUCAAUAUCCUCUAGUUCAAGUUUUGAAAUAAUAUUUCCAACAUUACUUGAACGUACAAAAUUGUCGCCGCAGCAACAAAAUUCUGUUACCCAAACGACAUCAACAUUGAUAGGAAAUAACAAUCGAAUUAAGCAAUUUGUUGAACCCGUUGUUAGAGUUGAAAGUAUUGAAAUAUAUGAAAAAACAGUUUCAGUUGCUAGUAAUGGUCCUAUUGAACCAUCAGAUGAAAAUCGUUUAAUUUAUGAAAAUUUUGUGGCAUCACUUAUUCCGUCACAAGCCUGA